AUGUCGGGCUUUGGCGAUUUUAGCGACAUUUGUCGCAACACACCACUGCCGCUAUGCGGUUCGAUCGGGCCCUCGACAGAAGUGCGCGGCGGCGUUGGCAUCGAGCCUGACUGCUACGCCCGUAAUAUCGAGUUGGCCAACACCAUCAUAUUCGAAGGCGCCGCGAGUGCCAUGCACAUUGUCGCUCUCGUCAUGACAGUCAUCAUGAUUCUGCACAUCCGGGGCAAGUUCACUGCCGUUGGCCGCAAGGAAGUGCUCAUGUUCUUCUACCUGUACAUGCUCCUCAGUUUCGUCUCUCUCUGCGUCGACGCCGGCGUUAUCCCUCCCGCCUCCGACCCCUUCCCGUACUUUGUCUCGGCACAAAAUGGCCUGACGUCCGCAAUGAUCACCUGUCUCCUCAUCAAUGGUUUUGUCGGCUUCCAACUGUACGAGGACGGCACGCCUGUCUCUGUCUGGCUUCUUCGCAUCACUUCGCUGCUCGCCUUCAUCCUUAGCUUUAUGGUUUCGCUGGCCACCUUUAUGAGCUGGGCAGGCCUCGGCCCCACCAACACGGUCGGCCUUUUCGUCGUGCUCUACCUGCUUAACGCCAUCCAGCUGUUCAUCUACGUCGUCAUGCAGAUCCUGUUGGUGACUCGCACUCUGCAGGACCGCUGGCCUCUGGGUGAUAUCGCGUUUGGCGUCUUCUUCUUCGUUGUCGGCCAGGUCAUCCUGUACGCCUUCAACACGCAACUCUGCCAGGCCUUGAGCCACUACCUGGACGGCCUCUUCUUCGCGACCAUCUGCAACCUCCUCGGCGUCAUGAUGGUGUACAAGUACUGGGACUCGAUCACGCGCGAGGACCUCGAGUUCUCCGUCGGCACGCGCAUGAACAACUGGGAGGUCAAGGAGCUUCUGCCCGAGGAUGACCGCCGCACCACCGUCUACGCCGACGACCCCUACGGACAGGGCAGCGGCUACGACAACUCGUACUCGCCGUCGCCCGCGCGCUACUCGACCAAGUACUAG